UAUGACAACCAUCAUGUACAAAUACCUCUUUCCAAGUCUUAACUGGCCAUAAAUGCUAUCGCUAGUUCGUUAUCCAGGAGGGUGAAGUUCUAACUGUUCUCGAUUCAUGCGUCAUCUUAGGCCUUUCGAACAGCAAAAAAAAAAGGUGUUCCCAACCUUUGGACUGAGUAUAUAAAAUUGGAUUUUCCAUUCCAGUAGCUCAUAAUCACUGACUUAAAACCUACCUGAGCACACUUUCCGUACAGGUGCAGCUGGACUUUGCAACAGGGUUUUUGCUAAACAGGAACAUAUUUGUGAAUCUUUUUCUGGCAUGCGUAAAUAAAUGGUGGUUUUCCGGGAUUAAUAAUGGAGCACUAAGUUUGGAAUUAUACAGACUUUCUCAGACUGCCAGCACUGUUUUUUUAAUAGGUGUGUGACAUCAGAAAGGAAGAAUGUUCAUGAACAACAACGGCCCAACCUCCCCCACAAGAGGUUUCUCAUCAGAGGCAUUCUCUCAGAGGUCCGAUAUGUCUCGACCCAAUGCAAAAUCCAUCUAUAUGCAAAGGAAGGAAUAUUUGGAGACCAUAAACAGACAAGCAGAUGCUUUUCAGUACAGAGUGGAGCACUUGUUUACAUGUGAAAUAAAUGGGAGGGACCUGAGCAGCAUUGAUGAUUGCAUGGCCAAGCUGAAGAAUCUGGACAGCCGAGGGAAAGUGUGGGGUCAGGAUAUGAUCCUGCAGGUGCAGAACGGCCACUUACAACUGUGUGAUGUCGAAACAAAGGAGCUCCUGGAUUCACUUCCUCUUGGCAACAUCACACAAACAAAAGCAGUCCUGGACAGCUGCGCUUAUGACUCCCUCCUUAUUGUCACAGCUCAGGACAUCAGCCGGAGGGCUCCAAAUAUUUUCUUGUUCCAGUGUGAGGAAACUGGGGCAGAGGAGGUGAAAGCUGAUUUAGACAGAGAGAUCCAGAACAGGGAUGCACCAGGGAUGAGGGAAGGACCAGGAUUUCCACCAAGUGAACCACCAUUUGACAUCAGGAGUAAUCUGGAGAACAUCAUAAGUCAAGGUUAUUCAGUGGGUUUCCGCAGACCUGGCCCUCCUCCAGUGCGCUCCGCACCUCCUACGUCCGAGUAUCCGCCUUCUCAGUCCAGCACCUUCCAAGACUAUGAUGAUCACCAGCCUCCAAUGUUUCCACCCAGAGAGGAGAGCUAUUUCAGUCCAGACGUGCAUGAACGACAAAACCCCACAAAUCAGCAGCCCUCUCCCCCCAUGUUAGACAUUGACAGGAGUGUGGUCAGUUUAUCUUCAACUAAUUCUGCCGCCUUCUCAUCCAAAAUCAACUUUCUAAAAUGUGUGCAUGUUCAUCUGAUUGUUUGCUUCCCUAUACAUCUAUUUAAAUACUGUAUCUCUUCCCUCCAGGAAAUCUUUAAUCAUGUAGUGGCUGACGUUGAGUUCUUUAUGGGCAAAGUUGGAGCAGCUUUAGCACAAGCGGAUGGAAAGAAGCAAAAGAAAAAGAAAGGCAAAAGCACAAGAAUAUAUGGUGAAAACUUUCCCUCUAUAGAUGAAUAUAUGGCCUGUCUUCAAAAAAUUAAAUAUGGCUUUAAUCUUCUUGGGAAACUUAAUGGACACUUAAGUAAACCUGAUGCUCCUGACCUUAUCCACAGUCUUUUCUCCACCCUUGAUUUUCUGGUGAGGCAGUAUCCUUCUGAGGUGGCUCCUUCAGUUCUGAGUCCCCUUCUCACAGAACAAACUCUGCAGCUCCUCAGCCAGGUGGUGACUCCAGAGGAGGGUCAGCUCUGGAACAGCUUACAAGAUGCCUGGAAUAUUCCCAGACCAGGUUGGCUGAAUGCAGAUCAGAUACCACCAUAUGUUCCACAGUUUUAUGAUGGCUGGCAGCCGCCUGCACCAGCCCCUCCCCAGUCAGGACCCGUGAACCAUCCUCUGUCACGGAGCAACAGUCAGAGAUUUCCAGCCGAGAAUGACAUACAACAACGACCUGGACAGGAUAACAGGCUUUUUGGUGCUCCGCCUGAACGCUCAGGAGAACCUCCGCUCCACAUGCGCGUGAUCUACGAUUUCACAGCCAGAAACCGUCAGGAGCUGAGUGUGAUGAAAGGUGAUGUGGUGCAGGUGGUACACAAGUCCAGGCAAUGGUGGGUAGUGCGAAACAAUCUUGACGAGGAGGGCCAUGUGCCUCCAAAUGUUCUAGAGCCCAUGAAUAGAGAAGAGCCAGCAAGAGUGAAUCGACCUCCAAAUCUCGAUAUGAAAUCCAGCCCAGAGGAAGUGAGGACCUGGUUACAGUACAAGGGCUUUUCCAGCUCGACAAUACGGAACCUGGGUAUGAUGAAUGGAGCAUUGCUUUUGGGGAUGAGGCGUGAUGAUAUACGAGCUGUGUGCCCUGAAGAAGGUGGUCGUGUUUUCUUCCAACUGCAGGCCGUUAAAUCAUCUAUGGCCCUUGCAAGUGAAGCAGAAUACAACCACUACAAUGGCCAUUAAACCUGACAUCAUGGGCUUUGGUGAGGAUGCAGAUGCCAGUUGACGGAUUCGCUCAAGAGAACUGCACAGUGAUUACAUGCUGGAAUUAUCAUCAUUUGUUGGUUCAUGAAAACAGGUUUAUGAUCUGAACAUAAAUAUCAACUGAAGUUAUACUCCCAUUACAAUUUUAAAUAGGUGGUAAAAAUGUGUUGU